AUGGCUUAUCAUUCUUCAUUUGCCAAUAGCAAAUUUCGUUUAGGAAAUAUGGCACUACUUCCUAUUCGAACACGUUAUAGUGGCCCGGCUCCAACGGAAACCUCUACUGAGAACGAAGAUAUAAUUGAUGAAGCAAUAAAAUAUUUUCGAGCUAAUAUAUUCUUUCGUAAUUAUGAUAUUAAACAUGAUGCCGAUCGAACAUUAAUCUAUUUAACAUUGUAUAUCACUGAAUGUUUGCGACGUCUUCAAAAAUGUCAAUCACGUGUUCAAGCACAAAAAGAAUUAGCAUCAUUAGCUAUUUCAACUUUUCCAAUUCCGGGCGAUGCAGAUUUUCCACUAAAUGGCAUGUUUGUUAAACCAUCAAGUGGUGAAGUUGAAAAAAUGAAACAGUAUCUUGAACAAUUACGUAAAGAAUGUAGUGAUCGUAUGGUUGAUCGAGUCAUCGAUCCAGACACAGAUAAGCCGUCCAAAUGGUGGCUUUGUUUUGUUCGCCGUCGUUUUAUGGAUAAAAGCUUACUAAAUAUUGGAUCAUUAUAA